GCGGAGUGUUAACGGCUCCGUGAAAGAGGACUUGCGACUUACAACAACAUUGUCUUGAUGCUUCAAUAUUCAAGACAAGAACCAUAAAAUCACAAAGCACGGGACUGUUCUUUGUUACUUAUUGGCUUCUUACCCGCUGUAUGUAAGAAAAAUAUGGCGACACAAAAUGACCUCCAGGAACUUAUACGCCUCCUCACGGCGCGUAAAAUGUCAAUGAUGGCAGCGAUGGGACAGGUGAAGGCUCUACAAUCAAAGAAUCUGCGAAGUAUAGCACAAAUCGCAGAUGCGCCCUUGGCCACAGUUGAGGAAGCGCUCAGUGGCGAUGCAAAGGCAGCAAAGAGUCUUCACACAGCAUGCAAGAACCAUGAGAAGAAAUCAGGAACGAAGCGUGGAGCCGACGAUGGUGCGGCUCCCACUGAAGUAAAGAAACCAAAACUGGAGACGCAUAGACGAGAUCUAGAUUAUGGCUCCAUGUCCGGGGAAGAUCUUGAGGCCUCUCUCGAAUUGCCACUGGAGGAGGAUGAAGACAUCAUUCGAAACACCACCAUUUUGACGAACAGAGCGCCCCUAUUUUUGGCCUUUUCUGUUGAGCUGUUGAGGUACACUAUGCCAGAACAGCCCCUGAGUAGCCGAUUGAGUCUAGCACAAGCAGUUGUAAGUGCCAACUCACGAACAAAAGCCAUCAGCAUAGGCAUCGAAAAGGCACCCCCAGGAGGCGAAGAGAAAGCCCCUGAAGGUCAACCGAAGAUCACUAUCAUGAACCGACCAAUUCCAGUUUUGAAGAGGAGCGGCUAUACUUGGUCAGGAUCUGCUCAACCAGCUUCAUCCAACGCUUCAUCAGCUACGCUCCAGGGCAGUCAACCAAAUCCAAGAGGCUGGACUACAAGUCAGCAGUUGACAUCAAGGGGGUCGGUAUUUAUAGCUCAUGCUAUACCUAUAACAUCACCUGCAACGCGUCCGGCAGUUUUCAAAUCACUAAUGGCCGAGAAGCCGGAGCUGGAGACCGCAACUCACAAUGCUUGGGCGAUCCGAACUAGCUUUGGUAAUUCGCCCCUGAAGCAGGAAGCAUCGUUUGACGAUGGUGAGUCUGGUUGUGGAAGCUUCUUGCUCCAACAACUACGCGAUCUCGAUAUCAGCAAUACGUUGGUUGUGCUUACAAGAUGGUAUGGCGGCGUCAUGCUUGGGCCGGAUCGCUGGCGUCUCAUGAAAGAAUGUCUCAACGAUGCCUUGUCAUCUCAAAAGCGUACAUCUAGUCUAAAUGGCGAGCCAGUAUGGGCUCUGAACCUUGAAGAUAAGAGUCCUUCAACAUCGACGGUUGGCAUGCCAAUACAUCGACCAGAAGGGGCGCGAAACUACAUACUCAGAGCCUUCGCGCCUGCAGAUGACAGCGGAAAGAAGACUGUUACAGCAGCCAACGAGGAGAAGCAAGAGAACCUGGGCCGUGUGCUAGGUGCACUACGCUUGCUAUUUGCCAGUUGGGCUGGUAUUCUGAGUCGUGAUGAGUUGGAUAAACGAGCUUGGACCUGGUACAUGAAUCUUCGACCAGAUGUGGAUGCUGGGCCGGCGGGUUGGGGAGCGAAGGGGACGUUAAAUUUGGGAAGAAUAUUGGACCUGAGGAGAAAGGAGACUUCGUGAUGCGCAUCUACGGUUGCUAGAGGAUGAUAAGUUGGCAGGACAGGGUGCCCUGAAAGUGAGAUCAAGGGUAAUUCGCAAAAUCGAGAUUCUAGGGCCACAUCAUUCAAGUUUCUGCUUUGAUGAGUAUUGAUGGCAGCAAGUGAGUGUUACUAUGCUCCAUAGUUCGGGUUGCUCUAGAGAUGUAGCAAACUUCAAGUCUAGAUAUGCUAGGCACUUAUGUUUGCGAGGCUGGGGAAUCUCGUGUUCAACAUGCCCUAUUACCAAUCCCUCUACAUCAUCGCAUCCUAGCCCUUUAUUGUAUUACUUCGUCGCCGGUGUAAUCGAUGAACAUCUGUUGAUGUCGUCCAACGUAAGUUCACAACAACAGUAGUUGCUCGUUGUCACAAGUAUGCACCAUGAGCUACUGCGGCAUAUGGCAUUGAAACCCAG